CGCAGAGCUGCGGGGGAACAGGUGUUGGGGUGCGCCAAGAUGCAGCCCCCGCGCUGGCUCGUCCUGGCUGUGCACCUGGCAGCUCUCCAUGGAAGCUCUGCCCUCCAGCAAGCUCCGAGGUCCACAGAAGUUCUGACCAACCAGUCGGUCGUUAUGUCCUGUGAGACGUCCUUGCAAAGCGCAUCCUCCAUCUACUGGCUAAGGCAGCGCCGUGCCCCCGGCAAGGACGGCCGCUAUGAGUUCCUGGCCAGCUGGAGCCCUUCCAAAGGGACCACGCAUGGAAGCGGGGUGACAGAGGAAAAUCUAACUGCAUUUUGUUACCUGACCCGGUGCAGUCUCAAUCUCACCAGCGUGAAGCCUGCGGACAGUGGCACUUACUUCUGUGUGACACUUGGGAGCCCCGAGCUGAACUUUGGCCAGGGAACUCAGCUGAGUGUGGUGGACUUCUUUCCUACAACGACCCAGCCCACCACGAAGACCAGCCCCAGGAGGAAAGUAUGCCGGCUUCCCAGCCCAGAGAUCCGGAGAGGCCCAACGUGUGGCUCCAUCCCCCUCAGCCUGCUGGUGGCCGGGAUUGUGGUUCUGCUGGUGUCCUUGAGUGUGGCCGUCCGCUUUCACUGCUUACGGAAGAAAGCUCGACUUCGCUUCAUGAAACAGUUUUACAAAUGACUGGAGACUGCGCCAUUGCUGCCCUGCUACCUAAGGCCUGUGAUGAGUGAUGGGCAGGCUCUGGACGGAGGCGAGAGAAGGAAUGCCCCAAAUGGUGGAGCGUUCACUGCCUUGCUCAAGCUUCCCGCUUUGAA